AUGCAGCUUUCCGCCAGACUCCUGUGCGUCCUCGCCAUCCUCCUUGCCGCCCAGCCGUCGCACGCCGACUCGGCCGCCGCGAUCGGCGCGGCGCGUGGCGGCGACGACAGGCCGUCCCCGCCGUGCUCGCCGGUGGACCGGGCGGCGCUGCUGGGCUUCAAGGCGGGCGUGGCCGUGGACACGACGGGCAUCCUGGCGACGUGGACGGGCGGCGACUGCUGCGGUGCGUGGGAGGGCGUGACCUGCGACGCCGCCAUGGGGCGGGUCGUGGCGCUGCAGCUGGAGGCGCCGCCACCCAAGUCGCGGCACUGCAUGCAGGGCAUGCUAUCGCCGUCCCUCGGCGGGCUUGAGUUCCAGGAGUCCCUGGUGGUCCGCGACAUGGCUAGGAUCGGGGGCGCCAUCCCAGCGGCGCUGGCGCGGCUGGCGCGGCUCAGGCAGCUCUACUUCGAGGGCAACAUGUUGUCCGGGCCCGUCCCGGGGAGCCUCGGUGGGCUACGGUCGCUCCAGUACCUGUCGCUCGCGGGCAAUCGGCUAGACGGGCAGCUGCCGCCGGAGCUCGGUGCCGUCUCCGACCUGGAGUAG